CUUGAUGUAAGCAGCACAAGAGCAUCCCAAAAAUGGGGAUCUGUACUGAAUCUGCUCUCAGAACUCCAGUUACAGAUGAGCAAUUUUUCUUCUUUCCUAGGAAGGCGUUGUCUGGGAAAGUCAACUUGAGUACAUUGAAAAUAGGUCACCAUGGGCCUUUCAGUAAUAUACGGCGGCUGUCCAACACCAGUCAUCCUGAGCAGAACUCCUACUUCCCCACUGAGUGGACAGUAUACUGGGAGGAUGGCAGCAUCUGGAAGAAAUACGAGGGGCCCCUCUCGCAUGAUUUCCUUGCUGCCUUUGAAGACUACACACAAGAGCAUAUCUUUCAGCUGCGAGGCCACCUCUACACCAUGGACUUCAAGCAAAGUCUAAUAUACAACCAUAAUACAGGAAACAGCCACACUAUCCAGCUCCGGCCCACUUAUCGCUCACCCCUCCAGAUGUUGCCACAGCUGUGGACAAUUCCAAGCAGCCCCUCGGAAAUGCAUUAUCCUCCCACUUCUAACAUCCUUGGAGAAGAUCCUACAGAUGGUUACAACGGCCCAUAUCCUGCCUACUGGAUCAAGCGUCCAGAAGGCAGUGUCCCAUUUGCGCAGGAGGAGGUGUUGCCAUCAGAAGCAGCGUACCAAACCAUUUACACCCUCUUCCACAAGUCUCUCUCAGAGGACAAAGUUCUUCUGCUCUCAGUUCACAGGAUCCGGAAUGACUUUCUCUGGCAAAAAUACUGCAGCCAGAAGGAUUUAAUGUCACAGAGCCUCUCAGCAGAGGAGAAAUUGAGGCUAGAGAAGCACCUCUUCCACAGCACCUCAGCCAAACGCCUGGAGUUCACCUGCCAGAUAAAGUUUGACACUCACCUCUCAGGAUCACAUAUGUAUGGCAGAGGUUGCUAUUUCAGUGUGAACGCAGACCAGGCUGACCGCUAUUCCCAGGCAGGGAAGGGUGGGCUGCGCCACAUGUUCUUGGCCAAAGUAUUGGUCGGCAAAUGUACACGCGGGAAAAAGCAUUAUUGGCAGCCUCCACAAAUAGAGUCUGGUAGGGAAUGCUUUGACUCAUGUGUGGAUAAUGUGGCCAGUCCAAAUAUUUAUGUGAUCUUCAAUAGCUACCACUGCUAUCCAUACUUCCUGAUCAGCUACAAACUCUUAUCUGACCCUGUGGUGCUAGAUGAUUGAUGGACAGCUCAAGGAAGAGGGUCAGUUAAUGCUCACUAUGAAUAUGCAGCUUCACUGAUGAGGACACCCAACCCUUCCCAGGAGCAGCACACCAUCCUUUCCAUCCCCCACACCUCAUCUCCUUCCUGCCAUGAUCCCUACAAAAUGUUCUAUAACCCGUCCCAUGGGGAUGCAUAGAGAGAACGUGCUAGGUAAGAAUGCGUCUAAAAGCUUUCCAGCAUACCUGAAAAAUGAGUCCAUUUGGUUUCCAGAGGGUCUUCUCUCACCAGAUGGGCAGUUUGCUAAUAGUUGUUCAACACAGUACAUUAGUACAAACAUUAUUGAUGGUUAUGUUUUCACUAAGUUUAAAAAAAAAAAAACCUGGACCAAGAUUUUGAAAGUUGGGCAGAUGCCUAAAUAGGGACUUAGGGGGUUAACUCCGCACUUCUAUUUUAGACCAUCGUGGCCAUUUUCUCCCCAAGAUUUAAAAUUGUUAAAGUUUUGUAGCAUUAAAACUUAUUACUAAUUUUGAGCACCCAUGGAGUGUAGGACACAAAGACAGUGAGAAGUUGCAGCAGCCGUGGAAAUGCAGGACAGAACUUCUUACAUCCUCCUUCCCUUCUUGAAAGCCUCAGAUCUUCUUGCAUUAGCACUCUUAAUUGAGCCAAAAAUUUACAGUGACAUCCUGGGUGCUUGGGAUUACUCAGUUUCCUCUGAGCUAAGCCACCCAACUCACUUUGUUAUACUGUAUUACCAUUCAGGGGGCUCGAUUUUCCCUUUUUGUUCAGUAUAUUUUAUGAUACAUUUUAAUAGGUGUUACAUUUCCUUGUUUGUUUGAAAAAUGAGUGAUAAUUAAACCUUUCAUGCAUUCUCUGCUGUUCUAAAAGAUUAUUAAAAUGAAUUAAAAUCUUGUGCCAGUUGAAAGACUCAGUGUACAGUACCUCUUCCUUCAUUCAAACACCGGGUAGUUUG